AUGGAUGACUACGAGCUGGAUCGCAUUGCAUCGGAUAACCCUGCUCUGACUGCGCCUGCAGCACAGCGGGCUCCCAUACGACGCCUCAAGUCUCAAGGCCAAACGACGUCGAAAUCCCAAUCUACUGGUUCUCAAGCUACGCCUGCGCCUCUAGAGCUGACCAAGUACGAUGUCGGGUGGCGGAGGAUCGUCCGAAACUUUUCGCCGUCAUGGUUCUCCGUGACUAUGGGCACGGGAAUAGUAUCUCUACUUCUCGUGGCUAUACCGUUCAAAGCAGACUGGCUCUAUUGGCUUGCCGUGAUCUUCUUCGGUCUCAAUACUAUCUUGUUCGCAUCCGCCUUCUCGGUCUCGGUCUUCCGAUAUGCUGUCUAUCCUGAGAUAUGGACCGUUAUGAUCGCGGACAGCGUCAAUUCGCUCUUUCUUGGAACCAUCCCGAUGGGAUUUGCUACCCUCAUCUCAGCUUGGUGCUCAAUAUGUAUUCCAUACUGGGGAUCUUGGGCCACCACCUUUGCUUGGGUUUGCUGGAUGAUCGAUUCUGUAGUCGCUGUGUCUGUCACAAUAUCGCUCACCAUUCUGCUGAUAUCUGCAUCCGACCGACAGGCUUUGGAUCGUAUUACUGCAGCUCAACUACUACCCAUCGCCGCGUCUAUCGUUGCGGCCGGUACUGGUGCCAGAGUCGCCGAGCACCUGCCCAACCCGCAACAUGCGCUUGGUACGAUCAUCGCAUCAUAUGUCAUGUGGGGCAUGUCUACGCCAUUAGCGAUGACUGUCUUAGUCAUGUACUACACACGUCUGGCUUUACAUAAACUACCACCACGAGAGAUUGUUGUAUCGUCUUUUCUGCCACUGGGUCCGUUGGGUAUGGGCGGUUAUUCGAUAACAUAUCUUGGUAUGGUGAGCCGACGAGUAUUCCCAGAAACGGAGUUCUUCUCAGAUAUCCCUGUGGCAGGCGAUAUAUUCUUCGUUGUCGGGAUUUUCAUAGCACUCAUAAUGUGGGCGUUUGGGCUGACUUGGCUCUGCUUUGCCCUGGCAUCUAUCUACAAGUCACGCCCGUUUCCGUUCAACAUGGGCUGGUGGGGGUUCACCUUUCCUCUUGGCGUCAUGGCGCUUAGUACGAUGGAACUUGGAAACAUCUUUCCGAGUCUGUUUUUCAGGGUCUUGGGGACGAUCUUUGCUGUUGCCGUCAUUCUACUAUGGUGCGUGGUAGCUGUUGGGACAGCACGAGGUGCAUGGAGUGGCCGUCUAUUCAACGCGCCAUGCCUCAAAAAUUUACCCAAAAAAGAUUCUUUAGGACACGAUGAAACCGAGAAAGAGAAGGGGCCAGUGCAAACAUGA